UGCAAUUAAACACGUGUUUUUGUUCCAAUUGCAGGAACAUUCAUUUCUAAUUUUUUUAGUUUACAUUUUGGAACGCACUCCCGGCCAUAAACGUCAAAACUUUUAGGUUAUACGGGUUAUGUUGCUUAUAUUAUCCAAAUUGUGCGAUAAUUCGACACGAAAAAGCUCUCACGAGAGCAAACAAACCCUCAGAUAGCACCACAUGUCCAAAUUAUGAUCGAUCACCAACUCCAGUCGGAAUUAUGUCCUCCGAAGAGUCGCCGGAAUCCCGGCAAAAAAACGAGUUGGAAGCCCUACAGGCCAUUUACGGCGACGACUUGAGAGACUUGCGGGGGCAAGCUGCAUGGAUGACCUGGACACCGCUAAACUUGUCAAUUUCAUUGAACCCCCAACAAGGCAGUUCCGGCCUCCACGAAGUCUACGUCAAGCUCGACUUGCACGUCACAUGCCCCGAGACGUACCCCAACACCGUCCCCGUGCUCAAACUCGAGAACAGCAAAGGCCUUUCCGACAACUCCCUCAUCGAACUCCAAAAAGCCUUGGAGGAGAAAGCGGGCAAGUUGCGGGGGGAAGAAAUGAUCUUCCAGUUGGCCCAACACGUCCAGGAGUUCCUCCACGUGCAUAACAAACCAUCCUCGAAGAGUUUCUACGACGAAAUGCUCCAGCGUCAGAAAGAAAAAGAAGAAAAAGAUUUACAAGCCAAGUUGAUAGAAGAAGACAGAGAACGACAAUUCGUCCACCAGGAAGUGCAAAAAAGGCAAGAAAUUUUGAAAUUGGAGUCGCGCAUGCGCCGUUACAAUUCCGACGAGAGUGAUCAUAGACGGCGCUCAAUGUCAAACACUUCGAUUGAAAACAGCGAUGAGGGGGUCUGCGACCAUAAAAAGACCGUAAUUGUGGAGUUUUACAACCGUGAGGUUAAAAGAGGACAGUGUUUGAAACAUUGUAGUUACAAUCACGUGGUUUUUAUCGGAAUGGAUGUGAAAACCGGCGAAAUUGUGCUUUUAAGCGAGUGGGUGUUAAAUAAUCGGAGACAUUUGUCGAGUCUUGAACAGGAAUUUAAUUAUUUGACUAAAUUAAAGCAUCCGAAUCUCGCUCAUUAUUUGAAUUUUAAGUGUGAAAGUAGUACAGAUGGCGCUGUUGUUGUUUAUAUUCUGAAAGAGUAUGUCAGUGGUCCCAACUGUGCUUUUUUCAUGAAUGAAAAUCUCAAUGUGAGUAUCCAGUUUAUAAAAUAUGUGGCGAAAGGUGUGCUCACCGCUCUGGACUACUUACAUCGGAAUAACGUCGUGCAUAAAGACAUAAGAGAGAGUUGUGUUUAUAUCAGUGAGAAAGGGAUUGUUGCGUUGGCUAAUUAUAGUUUGCAUCGCCGAUUGACUGAUAUUUCGUCACAACGCAACACUAGUAAUAAUUAUAGCAAAAAGACUGAUAUUUUUAAAUUUGGGGUAUUUUUGAUUUCACUAUUGCAAGGCUCGAGUUAUGAUGAUGAUGUCGAUGUUCCACCCACAGUGCCUUCCGAUCUGUAUGAUUUUUUAUCAAGGUGUUUGGAAAAAGGGGAGAAAGAGCGUUUUACUGCGACCCAAUUACUAAAUCAUUCGUUUCUCCACCAAAACAAUUUAUUGUCGUCUCCGGGUCAUAAAAUCGAUCAAAUUCCCGAUGGGAAUAUUUCACCGGUUUUUACAACAGAUGAGUUUAAUCCCUUGCAGCAUCAAAGUGGGCAGUCUCGAAUUGAGAAAGAGUUUGAAAUUAUCGAUAAUUUGGGCAAAGGGGCUUAUGGAGACGUUAUUAAAGCUAGGAAUAAUCUCGAUGGGAGGUAUUAUGCAAUCAAACGGAUUAAAUUAAAUCCGAGAAAUAGGCAAUUAAAUAAAAAAAUUGUUCGUGAAGUUAAGUUGUUAUCAAGGCUUAAUCAUGAAAAUAUAGUGCGUUAUUAUAAUUCCUGGAUUGAAAGGACGGUGAUAAGGAGUGAUGACAGUAGUGAUAUGGAGAGUACCAUGUCGGGGUUUGGUGAUAAGUGCCCCAGAAUAGUCCGUCCAGAUGAGCUCACCCUCAACGACAACAUCGAAGAGCUAGCGCCCUCUAUAAAAAACGUGGAAGUUUCCGUAACAUACGACAGCAUAUCACAGCCCGCGUACAACUCCUCAACCGAAGAUUCAAUCAGCGAUGACGAAAACAGCCUCGACAUGUUCGACGAAUCCGAUUCGGAUGGAAUCGAAUUCGAGAGAGACUCCAACGCCCCCAGCCCCAAUGACCCGCCCUCCAGCCCCCACGAGCCCCUCCCCGGCCGCCAAAUCGAAUUCAUGUACAUCCAAAUGGAAUUCUGCGAGAAGAGCACUCUACGAAACGCCAUCGAUAACGGCGUUUACCUCGACGAGGAUCGCGUGUGGCGCCUCUUUCGGGAAAUCGUUGAAGGUUUAGCCCACAUCCACCAACAAGGCAUGAUCCAUCGUGACCUCAAACCUGUCAAUAUUUUCCUCGAUUCGGCCGAUCACGUGAAAAUCGGCGACUUCGGAUUGGCUACGAAGUUUAACGAUCACGAUUUUAACCGAACGUGUCCGGAAAAGUACGAUUUGGACGAAAGCAAGACUGGCCUAGUGGGCACAGCACUCUACGUCGCACCGGAAUUAAACGUCGCAACUAAAGCCAACUACAAUCAAAAAGUCGAUAUUUACAGUUUGGGGAUUAUUUUUUUCGAAAUGUGCUACAAACCGUUACCGACAAACAUGGAAAGGAUCAAGAUUUUGACAAAUUUGCGCAAGAAAGAGAUUGUUUUACCCGAGGAUUUUGCAUCGGGGAAUCCCAAACAGAAAUUUCUAGUCACGUGGUUACUGAAUCAUGACGUUGCGAAACGGCCAACUUCGCUCGAGUUGCUACAAUCGGAGCAUGUCCCUCCACCGGUGUUGGAGGAGUGCGAAUUGAGGGAGUUGGUCAGACACACUUUGAGUAAUCCUCAAUUGAAAGGUUACAAGUAUUUAAUUGCGUCCUGUUUCGAUCAAACCCUAACACCGGCCCAAAAUAUCACCUAUGAUAAGGACUCAAGCGCCCCCACUUUAAACAAACCCCAAGUGUACGAUUUCGUCAAGGAAACCAUAAUUAAGAUUUUUAAGCAACAUGGUGCCCAAAACCUCACAACGCCCCUUUUAAUGCCCAAAAGUCACUACUACGAAGGUGUGGAGUCUUGCGUGAAGCUCAUGACGCAUUUUGGGGGUAUUGUGUCGCUCCCCCACGACUUGAGGGUCCCCUUUGCCCGCUACAUCGCCUGGAAUCGAAUCACCCUCCUCCGGCGCUACUCCGUCGAGAGGGUUUAUCGCGAAAAACGAGUUUUCGGGUUUUUACCCCGCGAACUGUACGAAUGUGCCUUCGAUAUAGUCACCCCAACACCGGGGAAUCACACUUCAGACGCCGAAGUCUUGUAUGUAAUUCACGAAAUCAUCACCGAACUUCCAGGGGUGAAAAACAAACAUUUUACGAUUCGACUCAAUCAUUGGUUGUUAAUGAAAGCGAUUUUGUUGCAUUGUGGUGUGAAAAGUCGACACGAGGAAAUUUUACAGAAGUUUUGCGAUUUUAAAGAUGGUAAAGUACCCAAAAGUGAUCUACAAGACUACUUGAUCCGAUUUGGUCUCUCAGAUAAUGCGAUUUCGACUCUAAUUAAUUUUUUUAGUUCAGAGUGUGAAGUUAGCAAAGCCGCAAACCAUUUUCAGUCAAUCACUAGAAAAAAGAACAGUGAAGCGGGGCCUUUAGCCAAACAGGCCUUACAAGAAUUGAAAACUAUCGCACACAAUGCUGAAGCGUUCGGAGUUACUUUUGAGAUGGUGGUAGCACCGGGUGCCAUGUACAACAUCCAACAGUACUCUGGUAUGAUUUGUCAAUUUGUGUGCGAAUUAAAGAAAAAGCACAGACAUGGAAAUAAGGAGGUUUUGGCCGCAGGGGGGCGCUACGACGCUAUGAUCACCUCCUAUCGAAGAAUCAUGGAAAAUGCGAAUAUUUUAUCUAGGGAUAUUCGUCAAUCAGCAGUUGGUAUCUCCCUCUCUUUAGAUAAGUUGGUACAAGCCGUCGACGAUUUACCAUCACUCGAGGUGUUAGACGUUGCGGUUUGCUCAGUCGGUACCAAACAACUUCUCAAGGAGAAGACACAGAUUUUGCGAAAUUUAUGGUCGGUUGGAGUCCGCUGUGCUAUGAUUGAGGCUACAAACAUCGAAGAGAUCCAGGAGCAGUGUGGGGAGUUGAGGGUGCCCCACGUGGUCAUGCUCAAAGACAGUGAACAAGGGACGGUGCGCGUGCGCAGUUGGGAACGCGACCGGUUUCAGGAAAAGACAGUCAAAGUGCCCGAAUUGGUCGAAACUAUGCUACGAAUCAUCAAGUGUUGGAAGGAGGGGGCGCAGGAGGUGGUUCCAGUCACGGGAACUGUCUUCAGAUCUGAUAGUAAAAGUGGUUAUGAGAAAAAUGAGCAUGAGGCCAACGUUGCUGUUUUGUUUGUUACCGUUGAUAAACUCUCAGCGAAUGCGAGACGACGCUACGACAUACAAAUUCGAUCACAAUUGGACGUUUUAGUGAAAAAAUUGAGCGGUUAUGUGACAGUUUUAGGGCUCAGUGUCGAAUCAAAUGUCAUUCGGACUGUAGCUUCGUAUUUGGAGUGGGAAACCGAUCAACAAUUCCACAAAUCGGUUCAAGUCAUUAUCGAAAAACACCAACGCCACAAAAAAUACUUAUCCGACGUCUGUGAUGAAAUCUACGAACAGAAAAGUAAAAAGACGAAACCGGCAGUGAUACUAUUUAGCCUCCUCGACUCAUUUUACAGGUUGUUAAUCUAAAUUGAUUACAUAGACUAUGUAAUAUAUUUUGUAAGAUUACAAUCAUAGUUACAAUUCACACGAAAUUAAAAUGAACAUAAUUGGUACCGAUGAUCGGCGUAAA